AUGCAGCUGGUGGAGGUCAGGACUCGACCAGGAGCCACCUGGGACUCUAACCCAUGCCCCGACACAGCAACAGCUCCCCGCCAUGCCAUGAGACUGGCGAGGGCAAGUCUCAACCAAGUACCUCCCAGUUCCUAUGGCACCAGACAGUCAGAUACCAUUGGGGUGACAGGUAGAAGAGCAGGAAGGCGGAUAUCAGCUGAGCAAGUCACCAGCAGCUUCUGCACCCCCAGACAUCUUCAGAGAGGACACCAUCUUCUAUUGUACAUGAGAGAAGCAUCCCUGUCACAUACAGGAAAAAGAAUGGUGUUGCUGUUGUUUUGGGUAUUGGCCCUCCUCUUCCUCUGCGCUUUCCUGUGGAGUUAUAAGGGACAGCUGAAGAUAGCCAACAUCACUGACAAGUACAUUUUCAUCACUGGCUGUGACACAGGCUUUGGAAACUUGGCAGCCAAAACUUUCGAUAAGAAGGGGUUCAGGGUCAUCGCUGCCUGCCUGACGGAGUCAGGAGCAACUGCUUUGAAGGCCAAAACCUCAGAGAGACUUCACACGGUGCUUCUGGAUGUCACCGACCCAGAGAAUGUCAAGAAGACUGCCCAGUGGGUGAAGAGACAUGUAGGGGAAAAAGGUCUCUGGGGGCUGAUCAAUAAUGCUGGUGUCCUCGGCGUGCUGGCGCCCACUGACUGGCUGACCGUGAAGGACUACAGAGAACCCAUUGAGGUGAAUCUGUUUGGACUCAUUGACGUGACGCUGAAUAUGUUGCCCCUGGUCAAAAAAGCUCGAGGGCGUGUUAUCAAUGUCUCCAGUAUCGGAGGCCGGCUUGCAUUCGGUGGAGGGGGCUACACUCCAUCCAAAUAUGCAGUGGAAGGUUUCAACGACAGCUUAAGGCGGGACAUGAAAGCUUUUGGUGUGCAUGUCUCAUGCAUUGAACCAGGACUGUUCAAAACAGAACUGGCAGACCCAAUAAAAACAACUGAAAAAAAACUGGCCAUUUGGAAACAUCUGUCUCCAGACAUCAAACAACAAUAUGGAGAAGGCUACAUCGAAAAAAGUUUACACAAACUGAAAACAAAUACGUCCUCUGUGAACUUGGACCUCUCUCUGGUGGUAGAGUGCAUGGACCAUGCUCUAACAAGCGUCUUCCCCAAGACUCGUUAUACCGCUGGAAAAGAUGCCAAGACAUUUUGGAUACCUCUGUCUCACAUGCCAGCCAUUUUACAAGACUUUUUAUUGCUGAAACAGAAAGUAGAGCUGGCAAAUCCCAAAGCAGUGUGA